AGUAAAUUCAAAAUGUGCGCCAAAAUUUUUGGCCUCUUUGUCAAACACACACACACAAACACGUUCGGGCGGCGAAUUUGGCGAAUCACUCGCCAUUUUGCUUGGAUUCGGAAAGUGUGUGAUGCGUUGCCCGUAGAGGUAUAGAGUUUUUUACUCCCAAAAAUCUCUUAUUUAGUGCAUCUUAAAAAUAAUGUGUAAACCAUCGAAUUGUGCAUAAGUGUCCAGUGAAUACAUUCUGUAUUUAAAUCCUGGAAAAUUGUAAAAGGAUUUCAUCGUAUUUGAGGAUUAUUACUUUCUCCUAGCUUUUUAGAUCAUGGCUCAAUACUAUUUUGUUCAGAAUUCUGACGACAGUGAGUGUUUCUAUCCGAGCAUUAGAUUGGUGAAUUUAUCAGAAGACGUUCAAAUUCAGCCACAAUCACGGAUAAUCCUGACGGAACCUGUGAUUGCGGACAAUCAAAUGCAGUAUGUCUACCAGAGGCCAAAUACUCAGCAAAUUGCUCAGCCUCAGCAGACACAAUUCGUCCUUCAGCAGGAUGAUGAAAUAGUGGCAGAUUCCUUUACAUCCCAUCAGAUCUAUGUGACUGAUGGCUCUGGAGAGAUGAUCCAGAGGCAGAUACAGCAUGCUGGCAUGGUGCAACAGGAGCAACAGCAACAGCAACAACAGCAAGUCAUCAUUCAGCAACCCCAAACAAAUCGUGUUAUCCUGCAAUCAACACCGCCACAGCCGGUAAUUGUGCAUCAGCCUCAAGCCCAGAAUCAGGUAGUGCUAAAUAAUCGGCAGCAACAGCCGAUGCAGCAGCAGCAGCAGCGUCAAAUUAUCUAUGAUUCCACGGGUCAGAGACCCAUGUAUGCCAUCACGACGCCCACCCAGCAGAUGCAGGUGCAGCGUCCGAUGCAGCAGAACAUCAUCGUGAGGCAGCAACAGUCGGCACAGCGUCCCCAGAUCCGGAUGCAGCAACCGACACUGACCUACCAGAAUCGUGCUGUGUCCCAGAAUCCACCGAGCACAGUUAUUCAACCCAGAGCAUCUGUGGCUCAGCCACGUGCUUCCAUGCCCCAGCCACGGCUCAAUGUCACAGCACCCGUCCGGCAGCAGCGCUACAGAAGCCCCGGGGCAACUACAACUACCCGCGCAGCAACAGCACCUCGGACUCAGAGACCUGCGAGGUUUGCCCAGGUGAGCAAUCAGCAGGGACCCAGGGCUCCAAGGCCGAUGAAUGCCACGCUGGUGAGGAUGUCGCAGCCAGAACAGGCACGUGCCAGUUAUUCAGGGAACACCACCAGGCACCUGACUCCCAUGACCAAAGUUGCCAAUCGAACCUUCCCGGUGACCGUUCAGAAGCCGCCUGCGGCAACAGUUCCAACUCCAGCCAGUAAACUUGAGGUAAGACAUAUCCCACCAACUGCACAAUCCUCCAACGAUCCCAAUGGCGAUCUUGAGGAGAGUAUUACUGCAUCGAUUCUUGAGAAGAGUCAGAUUACGCUGAAUCUCCCGGAAGGAGCGACUAAGCCAGAGGAGUUCUCAAGUCAAGAGAGUUACAGCAGUGGUACGUCGAAUGGCUCGAGUGUUGAGAUGAAGAGGAAGCCUGUGAAAGGAGCUGGAGCUGUUCGUGGUCGUACACAGCAAAUUACCGCACGUGCAGGUGCCAAACGCCCGGUAAAUCAAUCAGUGCAGGAUCUGUUCAAUAGUGUAUCGUCUGAUGUAGAGCAAACGAAUCAGACACAGCAAAGUCAGCAGAUGCUCCUGACACAGAGUAGUCAGGAGUGUGAGGCCAGGGAGAGUGCUAAAAUGCUGGUAAUUAUGCAGUGUGGUGAACAGAGGUUGAUCACAUUUACUCUGCCCCGGGAAUCGUGUACAGUGCAGGAAUUGUUGGAACAAGUAGGCGUUCCCUUCACCCCAGACACCAAUAUUCAGUGCGUUUCGAAUCCGGGUGCGAAUAUUGACUAUGUGGUGACAGUUGGAGAUCCAGUACAGGAAGUACAGGCAUCUAGUGAGCUGAUAAUGCGAAGUGAGGGUAAUAUCGAGCAACAGCAGCAGCAACAGCCACAGCAACAACAGCCACCGGCUCAGCCUGAAAGAUCACCUGUUCGUCCAGCUGGAAAUCAAUUUACUACGUCAACGCCAAUAGCACAGAGACCACCGAGCUUUGGGCAGCAAAUGGUACCACAGAUGACACCAAUAAGACCUCCAGCUCCACCAGCACCGGAACCACCUGAGCCACCAAAACCGCCGGCGAUUGAGAAGAAGUUGAUUGAUGGUUGGUUAGCUCUUUGCACAAACUGUGGCUUCUGCGGACUCGAUCAUGCCAAAUGCGAACGCUGCAAUCAAGUUUUAAUCAAUCCUAAGAGAAUCCCAUGUAGUCAACCCAAGCCGACUGUGGCUCCACCACCGCCACCAAUUAGGACUCAAGUUCCAAGCUUGGCCCUACCGCAGCAGUCUAAGAUUGCCAAGCAAGUCCUUCGGAUGCCCAAGGAGCCAAUGACCAGCAAAAAGUUGGAGAUUGUUUCGAAGAAAUUGCCAGAACUUACAAGAUCAUUUACCAGCACAACAAAUAGUGUGACUGCUCCGUUGACAUCAUCACUCGCUUCAGCCACGAGUAGCGUUACGUUGGCCAGGACUGUCGAAAAAACCACGAAGCCACGCGGAGGGGCAAGUGUAAGGGGUCGAGGAAGGGGAGCUAAACCGGCAGAGGCGCAGGAACCAAUUAUUCUCACCUUGAGCAGUGACGAUGAGGACGACGACAAGAAGCCAAAAGUGAAAGCACCAGCGAAGAAACCGGUUGCUGAGAAGAUUCAGGUGCUUAAGGCUCUGGAAUGUGAACCUGCAAUUGCUGAGAAAGACAGCCCAAUCAAGGGCAAUCAGCGAUUAUGCAUUACGGAUUUGUCCAAUGUUCCUGACAAACUACUCACAUCAAUUCAGUGUCAGACAAUUCGGAUAGGUACAUUGCAGUAUGAGCCAAAGGAGCAGGUAAUAUUUUCAUCUCGUGGUGUUCGGAUAAUAGCUCCAAAUGUGAAAAAUAGCAAGGAUAAUAUAAUUUUGGAUCUUCAAAUUAAGGAAAUUGUGAAGAUUGUAGCUCAUUUCCCUAAAACCUUGCCCAUUUUAUUUAUCUAUACAACACCCAGCUGUGCCCAGUAUAUAAGAUCGAGUCUGGAUAUGGCAUCAAAUCCCUCAAAUGGACCAUAUUUUGAUCCAUGUGCCAAGCAUGAGUGUCUCAAACGAAUCACAAUUGUGGCUGAAGUGAUAACAGAUGAGACAAAAUCUGUGAUUAAAUCGCUGUAUAGUGCAGCAGAAUUGGAGGAGAUUCACUUUAGGGAUGCCAGUGAGCUCUACAAACGAUCAACAAUGAAAUUAUCAACGGGAAAUACAUCAAGUACAUCGGCAGAUGAGGGUGGAAGUACAGAAGAUGUUCAUCAGAUUCUCAUUUAUCCCCAAGGCAAGGGUGGAAUUUCCAUUAAUACAGAAGAUUACAAGUGUUUAGCUAUUGAUCAGUAUCUCAAUGAUGUAAUCAUCGAUUUCUACUUGAAUUACCUACGAUUAUCGGUGAUAUCUGAGGAGCAAAAGGAAAAAACUCAUAUCUUCAGUUCAUUCUUCUAUAAACGCCUAACAGCCAUGUCCACGAGACAGCGUCAGAUGGAGAAGGAUCUCAAGAUGACGGCAUCACAGAAGAGGCAUCAUCGGGUCAAAGGAUGGACAAAAAGUGUCAAUCUCUUUGAGAAAGACUACAUCAUAAUUCCCAUAAAUGAACAGAGUCACUGGUUCUUGGCCAUUGUCUGCUUCCCAGGUCUCAAGGGACCUCAAACUUAUGAUGGUGGUGUUCCAGUUAAAGUUGUUCCACUUCCCAAGAAAAAAAGUGAUGCAGAAAAGAAGAUUUCGGUAACCAUUGGGAAUACAACGAUAACGCCGUUGACCAAGAAGGAGGAGGCGAUUUUUCUCAAUGAUGAUUCAGCGAGUGAAAGGGAUGAAGCUGAGGCGGAUGAGAGUGACUUGGAGAGUGAAGAAAGUGAACCGGAAGUUGAGCCAGAUCAUCAGGCAAUUAAGCAACCUUGCAUCUUGAUCUUUGACUCCCUGGCUGGAGGCUACCGAAGUCGCGUUGUGGCUACACUUCGGGAUUAUCUGACGUGCGAGUAUAAGGCCAAGAUUUGCCCCACAUCCAAUCACACCUUUAAUAAAGAUAACAUGCCAGGACAUUCGGUGAAAGUGCCACAGCAGAAUAACUUCACGGACUGCGGUCUCUAUCUGCUGCAGUAUGUCCAGGAGUUCUUUACCAAUCCCAUUCGAGAUUAUAGGCUGCCCAUUAAACAACUGCAGAAUUGGUUUCCAACCAUUGUGGUGACCAGGAAACGUGAGGAGAUAUCGAAUUUGCUAAUAGACCUUGUGAAGGAGAUGCAUCCUGAGAAAGCGGACUUGUUGCCGGAAAUUGCGUUUCCCACCCAGGAUGGCAAAUUGAUUGAGACAGAGGAGAAUUUUGAGGAGGCUGCGGAAUUUGAGGAGGAAGAAAUGGAAGAUCCAUCAUAUGAAAUGGAAGAAGAGGAGACAGACUUUACGGAGGAAGAAUCGCCGGAGAAGAAGAAAAAUGGGAGGAAACUCCUCAAGAGAUCUUUUGACAAAGCAGAAAAAAAUUCACCAGAUAAAAAGAUACCACGCACUAAUUAAAUGGCAAUUUCAAGAUAUAAUUUUUAAGAAUAACAAAAAAAAUUCAAAUUCAAA